AUGUCCUCUACUUCUGAACUUUAUAAUAAGAAGUGCUAUUGCACAAAAUGCAGCAAUAAUCAACAAGGCUACAGCUUUGUUUCUACACAAACCCUCCAGCGUCACAAUAAAAGAGCAAGAUAUGAAGACAUGGAAAGAAGUGAAAGAAAUGUAUCUGUUCAAAGAAAUCUCACAGAUAUUGAUUUUGAAACUACAUCAAACCAACAAACCGGACCCAUGGAAGCAAUGGGCGGUCAGACCAACUCGCCUGUUUGGGAAGGAGCCCCAAUUUCUGACGAUGAGGUUGCUUUUAGCAAUGAGUCGAAUGGGGAAAGCAGUGAUGGUGAUGAAAAUGACAAUGACAAAGAAAGCAAUGGCGGUGAAGAAAGUGAAGACAAUGAAGAGAAUAUUGUUGAGAUUGAAGUCGAAGAAUUCGAUACUGAAGAUCCUUUUGCCACCCCAAAUAUGCCUGAAAAUCUGGUACACAGAUUCAUUGCUACUUUUGUGGUAAUGUUUGCUUCCCGCUAUGUGGUCAAUAAGGGUGCUAUUGUCUUGAUCAAGUUCAUCAACAAGCUCUUGUCGAUUUACGAGCAGGAUUUCCAAUUGCCUGUGAGUCUUUCUGGUCUCCAAAGCAUGACAGGAUUCUCAGCUAUGACAAAAGGGAUUAAGAGAUUUGUCAUGUGUCAGGACUGCCACAAGGUGUAUGAGGAAAGUGUACCUGCUCCUUUGAAUUAUGAUUUCGUAAAGCUUGUUGCACAUACUGUCUGUAAUUGCAAAUUAAUGGUCCAAUCAUUAUCUGGUGGUUUGGUUGCAAAGAAGUCUUAUUUGUAUCGCCUUGGAUACUUUGAUUUAGUACAUGGAACAAUCAUUGAUCUCAUGUAUAAUCUUUUUCUGGGAACACCAAAGAGAAUGAUUGAAACAUGGACAAAAAUCAAAAAAAUGAAAAACAAUGAUCUGCUUGCAAUGCAGACAGUUGCAGCAACGAUGAUAUUGCCUAGUGACUAUACCAAGCUAAAAACAAAUAUAGGAAAGGGCUUUUCCCACAUGAAAGCAGAUGAGUGGAAGUCUUGGGUAUUGGUGUACUCUCCUGUGCUUCUAAAACCAGUUAUUCCGUCCAAUAUGUUCAAUGGCUGGAUGCACUAUGUAAAAGCAUGCCGUAUACUUGUAAAGCCGUCAAUCAGUUUCAUCGAAAUAGAUCAAGCACACAGAUAUCUACAAGAAUUCUGUCAAUCUUGUGAAGAUACAUAUGAACCAAAAGCCCUCACCUGCAACAUGCACCUGCAUCUCCAUCUUCAUGACACAAUUCGUGAUUUUGGACCCGUGUAUGGCUAUUGGCUCUUUGGUUUUGAGAGAUACAAUGACUCAUCCUUAAGCCAAGCAGCACCUAUCAAAGGCAAUGAACCACUCCCGCCGUCCACCUUUCCUUUACAGUCCUUAAAAGAAUUAACAAUGAGUGAUAUUGAUUAUCCUCAAUUGUUAGAUUAUUAUAAAAUUGCCUAUGCCAUGUCCAAUCUCAUUUCUUAUCAUGAUGCCAGAUUGUCACAAUAUUUUAUAAAUAACCGAAUCACAAAAUUGAAAUUAAUUGAUCUCCUUGGCCGAACAUAUAUUGGAAAUAACAGUUCUGGUAAGCGCGGGUCACUCGUUCAAGCUUUCUUCCAUAGCAGAAAUGGCCAAACUUCAAGCCUAUAUACCGGACAAAUUCAGUAUCUUUUUAUACAUUCAUUUACUCUGCCUCUUCAUCCAAACCACCGAGCAUCAACAUUACAUCAAGACCAGCAUGUUUUUGCAUAUAUCCAAUGGUAUAAUUCGACAAAUGACAAUGAACACAGAGAUGAAGGUAUUGCAAUCUACUUGCCAGAUUUCUCUGCUGAUAAUUAUCACAGCAUCUUGCCUGUACAUCGCAUACACUUAGAGGUCGCAACUGCUGUAGAUGUAACUGAUAUGAAUGAAGAAAGAAUGCUGGUCAUUCCUAUGCCAAAAAAUAUUAUGCCUGAAGCCUUUAUGAAUAAUUAA